UGUCAUCGCACGACCAGGCCAGUGGGAACUCACGUCGGGUGCAAUGGAUCUUUCUACUCGGGUGGAGCUGGCGAAUACUUAGUUUGAAAUUCGACGUAGUCAAUGUCAAUGUUGAUCUCUUGCAUUCCUUCUUCUAUGUCUACUAGAAGCUUGAUAGUUCAUUUUCGUGACCACGAGGUUGCACCACUUCGCUGCAUGUUUUGCUAUAGAAGCCAGCUAGUUAGUUCCUGAUAAAUAACUUACUACAACGCACUUGUUCUAACUUGUUAGUACUGAGCCGUACUUUAUAUAUAAGCUAGAAGUACUGGCGCGAAGGCGUAAAGUAAGCUGUUGUAAAGUAAGCUAAAGCUGUAUUAGUAUCAGGAUUAUCUGUAGUCCUCCUAGUAGCGUAAAAAUGACAGUAGCUGCAGCAUCUUCGUCUCUUGCUGCUUUGCAAGAGCGCAACAGGCGGCUGCUCUCGAAUCUGCAGAACAGGCCUGAAGUCUCACAAGGAGCACCCCAAGUAGGGGGGCAACAGAGUAGUAGCUGUCGCUCGUUGCGACAGCUGGCACUUGAUGGACAGCAGCGGAUGACAUCUGCCGCGUUCCCUAACUCAGAAUCAGCGAUUGCAGGCGGCCUAGCUGGCGCUUCGGGAAUCAAAUCGAAGGUUCGCUAUUUUUAACAGUUUGGUAUCCCGAGUGAAAUAGUUUCUUGAAUUCUAAGUCCAAUGAGACUGUUAGAACAUGUGUGUGACUGGUUGUUGUACUUUGGUAGUAGGUUUGAUUAGUUAGUAUAUAUCGGUUGAGCAAUUUGGGAAGACUGCUUUUCCAAAGUUUGAGCUAAUUAAAUGAGAUCUACUAAUGAUCUUCUAGUAGAAGUCGGUGCACCUGUUGAAUUUCAUUUUUCGAUACUUGCUUAUAGGUUUCCAGACUCCUGGGUGAUGCUCGCAAUGAGUACCAGGACCGAGAAGUGUCCGCUUUGCAGCUUGGCGUGGUCCGAGAUGGCGAGAGUGGAGGCGUUGGCGUUGAUGGAGAUCCAACUACAACCCAAGCAGGAGGCGACCAGCAGGCAAUAAAAGCUUCGGCGUCCUCCUCGUUCUUCGUGAACAACCUUCAUACUACGCUCCUAGUGUCUGUGCAGGAGGCACAACGAGCGGCAGCACAGAAGAGCCACUGGCGCAACGUCGCGAAGCUGAACAACGAGUGGCAAUCCAUGAAGCGACUAAUCCUGGACCAAGUGCGGUGCGGGAACGACGUGACCAAUCUACAGUGUGGAACAAUUUUGCGAGGACCGACGUUUGCGCCACACUCGUCAACAUCUUCAUCAAGUGCAGGAGCAGCUCUGACCUCUCCCGCGCUCUUAGGCGGCGACCAAGUGCAAGGGGCUUUGGGGGUGCAGAGUAGAACAGCGGGAACGCACGAGCGGGAGGCAGCAACGGCGCUCGUGACACCCGCGCCGGCGGAUAAGAUGGCAUUAGACGUGUCCCGCAGUUCCUUGGCGCACUACCUGACAGUGGCCCCAGAACUGCAUUCAGACCUCAAAUUCAUAUGGGAGCUGGUCCUCUCUCUCGUGGGAGACCACAUUGACGUCUAUCAGACAAGUACUUUUACUGAUACAGUUAGCUAAGUUACAGAGUUCUUAGACAUAGACUUUGGAAUUGGAUACAAGCUUAUCAUCUUGAGUAAGUACCUUGGAAAAAAAUCGUCGACUUCAAGAUCUCCUACUCUGAAGACAACAUCUGCAUUCAAAUCUGAAUUCAUAGAUACUUCUGUUCUGAUCGACCGGUCGUUGGAUUUUCUCCGCUCCUGGGCCAUUUCGCAGAUGCGCGAACGCGUGAGAGAGAUGCCUUUGAGCGGCGAGCAGGACCUCUCCAGUUUGCUGAUCAACUUUGGCGUUCUCUCCUGGGACGACGGCGCUUUUCCAUCGACGUGGGCCCACUGCUGGUUCCUGACGUUUUACGCUACACGCACUCACAGUGUCACUUUGCUUCACCAUCUGCAGCAAGACCCGCGCAUCCGACAAUGCCUCGCCGCAACCCCGGAGGCGCAGUCGUAUUUCACGUUGGUUGUGCCUAGUCUAGUCUCGCUUUUGGAGGGACAUGCGCCAGCCGACGUAUUUCAGCAAAACGUGGCGGGACUGGAGAAUCACCUCUACGCUCCCAGGUAUAAUUGUGGAUUCUUACACCAGACCUGAAUACUUAGCUUUGGGCUUUACUUUUAUAGCUUUGGCAGUGGUUGUUCAUUUGAUGUUUGUAAUUGAUAGUUAGAGAUUUAUAAUAGAAGAUACAAGCACGCAGCACCUACUAGAGUGCCCUGCGCUCCAGGCUCUAGUAGAGGCCCACGGAGUUCCGGCGAAUGUUGGGGUGGCUGCGUCGAACCCGAAGCGGCUAAUCCCAUACCUUCGCGACUUAGCGACCAGCUUCGGCGGUGCGUUCUUGCGAGCGCAGCCGCCACACCUCCAGUGAAGACAAGGGGAAACGAGUAGCGGCCGCUGUGGUAAACCCAUCGCUGCCCGCUACGAUAGGACGGGGGCCGAGAUAGGUGGUGGCGAACAAAGAACGAGCAGGGAGGAGACAAGAAAGGAAGCACGCGAAGACAAAAAAGAACGAAGACAAAACGAGAACGCGAAGAACAGUGCACGCAGGCCGCAAGAACGUCAACCAAACCCGGACGCGCCUCGCCGCCAGGUGCUACCUACGCGCAGUCGCCGCCGCCCGCAGCACGCCGCGCCUGGCAUGCCACAAAAGCCGCAGCUGGCGGGGACUGUGGCGACCUGACAUGAAACCAUAGUCGAUCGCAAUGACGACCAUAGCACUACAUACACAGAGCACAAAGAAAUCCGGCGGGAUCGUACGCGUCGCCCGGAGCGCAUCAAAACAAACAAACAAGUAGCUGAAUUUAGAAAAUGACGAGUAUAAUAAAAUUUCACGAUUAUACGCUGACGCAGCAGGAGUCCCAUCAAAGAAAUGUUUAUUAUCAAUUCAGCAUGAUCGGCGUACAUGGAUCGAUUUUCCGAGAGAUAUGCCUUCUGUUGGUCCUAGGCGAGCGCUUCCCCAGUGACGACGGCAUGGAACACUAUAGGGGUGAUUGCUUCGCAGACCUUAUGCGCAACGCUGAAAAUAUGAUUUGGUACAGCCUACUCCAGGUGCGUAGCCGCACACUGCCGCUCGAGGAGUUUCAGGCCAGUAUUAACGAUCUCCUUGACGUCGUCUCGCUCUCUUCAAACGGCGUGCAGGCAGGAUUGAUGCAGGGGAAUGGAGGCAUGCAGAUGAUGGGAGGUAAUAAUUUGCAGAUGAAUGGAAAUGGCUCGCAGAUGGGUGUGAAUAACAUGCAGCCAGGUUCACAAAUGCCGUUGUUUCAGCAAGGAGCCGUCGGAGCAGGCAAUCCAGUGACGAGUCUCGACGACGUGAAAUACCUGUUUUUGUCGUUGCAGUACGCACGCGCACUGCGGACCCUGCGGAACAAAAACGUAGCGCUUUUGUCCCCUGCGUGCGUCCAUCUAGCGGUGACCCUAGCGAAGACGCGGGUUCUAGAGCAGGAUGAGAGCGCAAAAUUCGACUUUGUGCAGACUGUGAUCGACUACACAACUGCCUCGCUCGAUGUGACCGAGCAGCUGCGGUAUUUGCGGGUCCUCGGCGCCGCGGACCGCAAGUUGGCGUACGUGCGAUUACUGCGCUCCUUCCGCAACUUGGACGACCUAGCAGGGACUAUCCUCCCCAACGGCGCACGAUGCAAGGGACUUCUGGAAUUGUCCUGUGAAGAAGCCAGCGGCGAAGAUUCGGGCACCGAGUUCAAAACCAUCAUCCACGCUCUGGGCCGCGACGCGCUGCGACGAGGCCGUUACAGCGAAGCCAUGCGCUUGCUCCACUUGGCAGAUCGGGCAGACGAAGUUUUGCUCGUUAUGCAGCGCGUUUUGCGAUUACCGGACACGGUCCUGACAAGCUGUGCAGCUGCGAGUGGCAUGGCGGCGCCAGCAGGCCUCGCUUUGGCGCAAGGAAGCAACACGUGGGUUGGCGCAACGCUGCUGGAAGAAGUUGGACGAUUCUUAGCGAUCUAUGCGGAUUUUGGUGCAAACUUUGGCGUGUCAGACACAGACCACAAUUGGCUCUUCGUCUGCAGGCUGUGGAAAUUGAGACUCUUCUUUGAAGGGUGUCGGGAUGCUGCCAGGUACUUACUUCGAAAUAAGUACUUAGACAUAUAUCGACAGAAAAUUUUCCCCUGUUGCUGUUGCAGCGAACGAUAUGAACUUUCCCAUUUAUUUCCAUCCAUUUUUACAAAUGAGUAAAUACGUAUCUUGCUGCUCACUUUACUACUAUAUUCUUCUUUCCUACAACUACCUUUCCCAAUAAUAAUCAAAUGUGGUUUAAAAGGUACGACGAAGCACUGGACUUGUUCGAUAAGGAGAAUUUUCUGAGCGACGAACCUGAAGCCGCUAACGUCGGCGGCGCACGACUCUUUCCGAUCGAUUACACGCGGAUAGUGGAGAGCUACCUGUCGCUUCUAACCAAGAGAUUUGGCGGUUCAAAUACUGAUGCUGGCUACAACAUCAAUGUUCUGCGGCCACGCAUAUCGGCAUUGCAGUCAUGGCUCAGCAAACACAGCUAUAUCGUGACCACUAGUGCAUCGAGGAACAUGCUCACCCAGCUAGGCCUCAAAUAAAAAAUUCGUCCGACUUUCUAUUCCAACUUGGUGAUUAAUAGCUGGAGCUGUCUUGUUGUUCAACUUUUUUCGGGGACUGCGACUGGAGCUGUCUCGUUGUUCACCACGAUGGAGAAGUCGGAAAUCAUAUAUUACAACAACUUUUACUCUAUAUUCAAAUUUUUAUCACGCGCAACUACAAGAACCCACCUUAUAAGUAAUUGUUUCACAUUCACUCCUGAUGUAUUCUGAACCUUAUGGAUGUUGGGCUCGUUUGAAG